UCGAAAUUGAUGCCAGCAACAUAACGUUUGAUCUGAACAUCUCGCUUGACUUCUUCUUCCUUUCUUUCUUUUUUUCUUUCUCCUCACAAACUCAUUCUUUUCUUUUCCUUAACAAACAUACACAUGCAUGCUCAUCUACAAUUAACAUUUACAUAUAUACAAAUACAAACAGGGUAACACAAUGUCGUCGUGGGUAAGAUCGGCGGUCAACAGAGCCGUCGAAGUAGGUGGCCAGACCAAUCUCAGCCGCACUGUUCGCAAUUAUGCCGACUCUGUCGUUCUCCAUGCAAGCAAUGCCGUUGCCGGUGGCGCCAAAAUCAUUCAGGACCGCAUUGUGUCACGGAAUAUGCAAAGUUUUAGACAUACUGUGAAACGGUUAGAAGAAGUUUCAGUUUCAUGUAGAGGGAUAGAGAGAGUUCAGUUGCUUAGAAGGUGGUUGGUUGCUCUCAAAGAAGUUGAGAGACUUUAUGCCACAUGCACCACUGACAUAAAAGAUCCAGAAGAUCAUUUUGUUUCGGAUGAUUUUAAGGAUUCACCUACUAUGAUUUACUAUGUAGACCCUGGUAUGGAGGGUGAACCGAAGAAUUUUCAAGAUGUCUUUCUUCACAGUCAAGCACUUGAAGGCAUAACGUUGUCAAUGAUUCUUGAAGCCCCAAAUGAGGAAGAAGUUUCACUAAUUUCCGAGAUAUAUGGGCUCUGCAUUAAAGGGGGGAAGGAAGAACAGACUGCUUUGCUAUCCAGUGUACAGAAAUUGGCAAAAGCAUUUUCUGGAUAUGAAGAUGAAGUACUGGCGAAACGACAAGAAUUGCUUCAAUAUGUUCAAGCUUCAAUUUCAGGGCUAAAAAUAAAUGCUGAUCUCAUGAGAAUAGAAGUUGAAGUCCGCGACUUGAAACAAAAAAUUGAGAAGAUGAAGGCAUCAAAUUCCGAUGAAAGAAAAUCACCUAAAGAGACAACUUCUGUUGCAAUAGAGGCUUUUGAUGAAGCUAUGAAAAAUAUUCAAAUGUGUUCUAAGUUGGAGGAGCUCUUACUCAAAAAGAAAUACUAUAACUCUGCUGAUUCCCCAGAACAUCAUGCUGAAAAGGUUGAUAAAUUGAAAGUAUUAUCUGAAUCUCUUGCUAAUUCUACCACAAAAGCUCAGACUCGCAUUUCGGAGCAUAGAUCUCAGAAAGAAGAAGCACUUAAUUUUCGGGUAACAAAGUCCAACGAGGUUAGCCAAAUUGAGAAGGAAUUGGGAGGGGAGAUUGAAGAACUCGAGAAUCAGAAAAGUGAGCUCGAAAACAAAUUGAAAAAGGUGAACAUGUUGUUGACAUCUGCUCGCACACGCCUCCGCAAUGCAAAAGAAGAAAAAGAACAAUUUGAUGAUGCAAGUAAUGAAAUUAUUGUACAUUUGAAAACAAAGGAAGACGAGAUGGAACGUGCCAUUGCUUCUUAUACAAGUGAAGCCAAUGUUGUUAAUACUUGGAUCAAUUUUCUUCAGCACACAUGGGUGUUUCAAACUUCCCUUAAAAAGAAAAAUGCAGACCAGGUCAAUGCUGAACUAGAGAGAUAUGGAGAUCAUUUUGUGAAUUUGGCUGUCCAUCUUAUGUCUUCUUAUAAGGAAAAUCUUGGUUCAUCUGUUACUCAAAUAAGAACACUUGUGGAGAAUUUAAGAUCAAGCCCAUGGUUAGAAAUAUCAGUAGAAGUAGAUAACGAUGGUUCGAGAGUAGUAAGUCCAAGGCAAAAGCUUGAAGAAAACUAUUUGGACAUAGAAUCCAAGAUUUUAACCACUUUGAAUAUAGUUGACACCAUGAACAAGCAAUUUCACAUUCAAAAGGAAGGCAUUUUCAGAAAAGACAAGGACAAGGUGACAGAACUAUUACAUGCAAUUGAGAAAAUAAGAGAAGAAUUUGAAUCAAUUGAGAGACCAAAGUUACAAAUUGAGACACCAAUUGAAAAGUCAGAAACACCCUCAAAUCAAAUACAUUCAACAACUCCACCCUCUACAGAAAUGUUGCCUGAUAAAAGCAAGCAAGAUAAAAAGAAAAACAAUCCAUCAAUUACAAUGAAAACGUUUUCGCUAGUAGAACUCGAUAAAUCAAGUGACGAUGACUCAGCAGAAGAGAUAAGUGAAUGGGAAUUCGAUUGAUAAAGAUACCAUGAAUUAACGCUUGACCUGACCUACAUAGAAAAGGACCAACAUUACUCAUGUUGUAAAAAGAGUGAAAAAAAGGUUCUGUGUAUUUGAAAUGAUUGUGACUAAGUAUCAAUGUGUAACUCAGAUAUCAGACAACAUAUCCUUAACUGGGUUGUUUCUGAAAGUAGUUGUAAUUGUAUCAUUAUUAAGGCAUUCAAUCAAUAAUGAUGAAAUAUAGAUAGAUGUUCAAACA